AUGAAAUUAUCUCUGGUGGAGGUGUUGACGGAUAUUGCAGACCUCAUCUCGGAAACCGGUACGACAACGAUAGUGGUGGCAUAUGACAGUCGGUUUGAGGCUAAGAUCAAGAAGGAAUCUUCAUACUUGUACCGACGCCCUACAUAG